UUAAGAAAUUGUGCAAGUGCAAGAAACUGAUCGUAAAUAAUCAACAGACCAAUCCCAUAAAUCUACUAGUCAAAUACGAAACUAAACCAUGUCCAUACCACGCGUUCGGUUGUACAUUGCAAAUAACUUCUGAUGAAUUGGCGAAUCACAAAACGGAGUGCGAAUUUCGACCGUAUAAAUGUUUGGGCGAAGGGUUUGGUAUUUGGACAUGUGAUUGGACCGGACGGCAAAUAGACCUAGCAUUACAUUUAAAUACCAUCCAUGGCGAGUCGUUAGGUGCCAAUUUUCAAUAUUUCCAGAAAUCGUCUGUCGUGUUCAAUCCAACUGAAUCUUGGCAAACCAUUAACAUAGUUAAUGGGCACGGCAAACAUUUCGUUUACUACAUGUAUAGCGAUUCGACAAAGAAGGUCAUCAAUUUCCUAAUCUAUUUGCUGGGAACGAAAAAGGAUGCUGGACUAUUUUUGAUUGAUUUCGAGAUCAUAUCGAAGUUAUGCACGUUUCAAAAGAUAAAAUUUGUGUCCACUUGCUACAGUGAUUGCGAAAAUAUUCAAAAAUUAAUUGAAACUGAAAAAUGUGCUGUACUCACACACAACACGUUAAAAAAUUUUGUCUGGAACGGUGAGCUGCAUUUCAAAUUUAAAAUUAAACGGAAAGAUGACGAUGAAUUCACCAACAAGAAACUGGACGAUAACAAUAAAAACGUAACUUCUCCGACUAAACCAGUUCCUAAUGUUCCAAUUAGGAAUAAGGGCACAAUGAAGGCUAACACAGUUAAAAAGACAAACACCAUACCAUCAAUCAUACAGCCCGUUCUUAAGUCAUUGGACAUUGAUUCUCCCGUACAAAGUAAUCAGACAACAGCAGCCACACCACCACAGCAGCAUCGCAACGAACAUCGAUUAAUGCAGGUCCAGACAAAGCUUCAAAAAGUCCAUGUUCUUCGCCGUCUAUAAAUAAGGACGACGACAAAGAAGUAUUUCUUCAGAACUAGAGGAAACCGAAAUGAAUUGUUACACUCAUUCAAUGUCUUAUAGGCGCGUCGGUCCGAUAUGCUUGUAAGAAGCUUGAGUGAAACACCUGGUAUGCCAUCAUUGCCACCCGUUCAACCAUAUAAGAAUAUUGAUGAUAAAAUGUAUCGGAGAAAAUAUCCAGAACAUUGUUUAACUAAACCAGCUUUUAGAAAAUAAAAGUCAACCUAGGCCGGUCACGUCAUUAGUUAACGUUUGCAACGCCACAAAAUAAGAGCACUGGUAUGGCCAAUGUGGUUUUAUUAUAAUAGUAUUUAUGCUAACACAAAUGAAGUAAAGAAUCCGAUAAUAUACUGGUGAUAUACCGCAU